GACACAGCUCAGCCGCAAACGCGCAAGGAUGGUGGCCGGCGAAGGCGGCCGAUCCCCCCCGGGGACGCCGACCCAACGGCCCAGAUUGAAUCACAAGCUUCCACGCACCGCCGGCGUCAGCAGCGGCAGCGGCCACCGCCGCCGCUCCAGCUCACACGUGCGCCGCCGCCACGUGCCGGCCGCACCACGCUCCGCCGCGGCAUCUGUAAAGCCCCCCUUGUCGCCUCCCGGAACCGGCGCCUUUUAUUCCCGCCUCCCUCCCUCCACGCGAUGCCGUCGCGCCUCUCCUCUCCUCCUCUUCGUCUUCCCCCACGCCCGCGUCCCUUUCUGCAGCCAUGGCGCCGUCUCCGGCCUCCGCCGCCGCCGCCGCGAUGCCGGUCGCGGCGGAGCCCGAUGAGGCGGAGGUUGAGGUGGUGGGGGAGGAGGAGAGGGGGGUGAAGGGGGGAGGUGUUGCGGGGCUUGAGGGCCUCGUGGUGGGGAGCUACUGCCACGACGUGCUGCUGCGGGGCGAGCGCGUGGUGGGGGAGACGCUGGGAGGGGCGGCGGCGUUCGUGUCGAACGUGCUCGACGCCGCGGCGCCGGCGGAGGCAUCGCUCGCCGUGGUGUCGAAGGUGGGGACCGACUUCGCCUACGCCUCCGCGCCGGCGCCCGCGCACCACCCGCCGGUGAUCUGCGCCUCGCCAACGACGUCCUUCCACGCGCGCUUCUCCGACGCCGCCGCGUCGGCGCACGCGCCCGACCGGCAGCUCCGGCGCGUCCACGCCUGCGACCCGAUCUACCCCGCCGACCUCCCCGAUCGCCGCUUCGCCUACGGCCUCGCCGUCGGCGUCGCCGGGGAGGUGCUCCCGGAGACGCUCGAGCGGAUGAUCAGGCUCUGCCGCGCGGUGCUCGUGGACGCGCAGGCGCUGAUCCGGGCCUUCGACGGCGGUGGCAAGGGCGGGGCCGUACGCCACGUGGCGCUGGAGGCGACGCCGUACGCGCGGCUUCUCCCCCGGCUGGCGUUCCUCAAGGCGUCCUCGGAGGAGGCGCCGUACGUCGGGGUGGAAACAGCGAGGCGGCGGUGCUGCGUGAUAGUGACGGAGGGGAGGGACGGGUGUCGCCUCUACUGGGACGGUGGAGAGGCGCGCGUGGCGCCGUUCCCCGCUGUGCAGGUGGAUCCCACCGGCGCCGGAGACAGCUUCCUCGCGGGCUUCGCGACCGGGUUGCUUUGGGGGCUGUCGGCUACGGACGCCGCGCUUCUAGGCAACUUCUUCGGAGCGGCUGCUGUUUCGCAGGUUGGAGUGCCCACUUUCCAUCCAAAGAUGUUGCAGGCUGUUAAACAAAUACUUGAGAAGGCAAUAAAAGGACCUUGUGCACAUAUAAACGGCAAUACGUUUAAUUUCCAGAAAUCAAAUAUGCACGAUGAGUUACACGCAUCUCUUCAAGAAGCGGCGAGGCUGAUGUGUGAGCAGAAGCAAACUAGUCCGGCAACUGAAAACGGUGAUAUUUGUCCGAUAGAUGAACCGACUUCACAGCCAAGUAGCAUGCCAAGCUGAAGUUGGCGUUUUGAAAUAAUGUGAAACUUGACGUCCAGAUUCCAGUGACAUGUCAUUUGUGUAAACACAUGGCCGACAAAUGGUAAGAUCAUAAUGUAGGAUGCAUCUAUACUCAGCUGUCAUUAGCUGAUGUUCUCUGUUGAUUCGCUCUACUUGAGCUUGGAGCUGUAAACUCCUUGCUCUGGCUGAAGACAAGUACACAGGGAAGUAAAGAACGAACUUUGUAACCUGAAUCACCGGUGCAUAAAAUAAUGAGUUCGGUGUACAAGAAAGCUGAUAGCUCUUCUCGUGACAAACUUAACUUACAUCAGCUAUGGCAAGGAUAGCAGUAACAAAGAAGCCCUUGUGAAUUAAGCAAACUUUAGUCACACGAGAAUGUUGUGACAUUGUUCAAGUUUCGACCAGCUUUCACAAGUCAUCCAGACACUCGAGACAACUUAAUAAUAGUGUGCAUUGUAAACGAGAAAUGCAAUCGAUCAAGUCUCUCGGCUAGCGCAAAGCCAGCACUGUCAUUUUCAUUUUCAUAUGCGGUGUCAAUAAUCUAAUGUUACACCUCAAAGAUUACUUCUUCCCUUUUGAGAGAUCCAAGAUUGCUUCUUCUUCCCUUGUGAAGAGGGAUAAAUUAUCCAAAAAAAAAAA